UAUGAAACACACAUAUGCGUUUUAAAUACCUCGGUAUACCAUUUGUCACAACAAGAUAGAUUUUAGGUAAGCAUCUAUUACACCAUGUCCGUUCGAUGCCAAUGCAUGACGCCUAUACUUACAAUAUAGCACCCAUCACCUCCUAUACGUCAUGAUUUUCCGGUUAAUUUAUAGACAAAAAUAUGCAACUUGUUAAACAUUUUACUUGUAACAAUUGUUAUUAAACUUCUCUGUAGCACUGUCGUUAAAUAUAGCGUUACAAAUGGUACCGCUGAUUUGAAAGCUAGUAUAGAAAACGAAAGUGUCGAUCUAUUCCAAGUAUGACGAUGUUUUGGCUGUUCUUAGUGGUUCUUAUUCUUUGGCCUGCAGGAUCGUUUCAGCAAAACAGAUAUUCAACUACUACUCAACGUUCUUCUGAUGUGACAAUUCAUUCAACAACAAGGAAGCAAAACCUAACAAUUAACUACAAAGUGUGUUUGAAUUGGAAACCUUAUCAUAUUAAGGCCACAGCGCAACCUAAAUAUAACACGGGGUAUGAGAAGUUUAACGUUACUGUUGUCCAAAUCAAUUUCUAUAACGCUGUGUUGGAACUUGAACGAAUUGAUCAAGAUUCAGGGUGGGGAGAAAUGCUCUUCACUGUGCAGUGGGCCAUCUACCAUGUAUCAGAUUACAUAACUUCAACCGCUACAGUGCAAUACCGUGUGGACUACGACACAGAUGUAAAAAUUUCAGGAACAUCAAAUGUGUCAGCGGUUUAUGGUGAAGGUUUAUCACCGUUGCCAGCAUUACAAAACAACUCACUAUUUCAACCACGUCUGUCACAAGAAAGGCAAAAUGGUCACAGGUUUUUGGUGUUUGAUAAAAACUUCAACAAUCUGAUUACCAGCCUGGAUCUGAAUCCUAAAGAUGGAGAAAACGACCUGGUUACUGUGUUUAUAGUUUACCGACGCGAUAUUUUAAUAAGUAAUUCGCCUACAUCUAAUGGGCUGUUCGGAGCAGAUGACAAUGAUUGGGACAAGUUAAUUUUAUUGACAAGCGACAAGCUGUAUGUUGCAGGCACUGUCAAUAUAAAUAUCGCAAUCUCUUCUUUCCCCACUAACGCAAACCCAAUAGCGUUUAAUAUCUGGAACGUUAUCAGUGUCCAAUGGAACUUAAAUGGCGGUGUCGAUGCUAGUAGUGUAUGGUGCAAUGGAAAGUUACUUCAAAGAUUUCAAGCAGAAUUAAGUCCAUCAGAUACAAGGUUUGCAAUGGGUAACAUAGGUCCAAACGGCGACCAUAACUUCCGAGGAGCGAUUGGUGAAUUCGUGCUUUUCAAAGGCACAGUUAUAACCGAUUACGAAAUGAAGAAGUAUCAGUUACACUUCAUUGAGAAAUGGGGAAUCAUAGCUGAUCCGAUCCCACUGUAAUGAUAUUGACCAAUACCUCUAAGUACAGCAUU